GGGGCGCACCUAGAGAUGGCCGUGGGCCGGGCCGGGCCCCGCAGGCUGUUGACCUAGUCGGCUUGGGCCCACUCUAGGCCUCACGUUGUAUCGUGCCGGGCUGGGCUGAAAAGUUCAAAACAAGGCCCAGGCCCGCACGAACCCGCGGCUUUCGUGCCGGGCCUGUCCGUCGUGCCUAAGGCUAAUUUUACAAAAUUUUGCGUGCUUUGUCCUGCCGGGUCGAUUCGUGCCAUGCCUUGUCGUACUCUUUCCAAAUAAUUAAGGCCCGGCCCACGGCCCACGACUUCGUGCCGGUGCCGGGCUGGACUUUUUUCGUGUUCGGGCCGAGAUUUUUUCAUUCUUGGGUUGGGUCGGGCUUUGGGCCAGCCUCGGCCCACAGCCGUCUUUAGGCGCACCACAUCUGCAAUGGACCGACGAAUCACUUAUUGUAGCCAUGUAGUCGAAUGAACCCCGGUAGCCAUGUAGCGAAUCUUGGCUAAUGUGAUUCGCUAAUGCCAUAGAGGGUUAAAAAGAAAAGUGAACUUUUAAGCUAAAAUGAAAAAUCUUAUCAGAGCCAAAAAAAAAAAAAAAAAACUUAUGCAUUGUUUUCUUUCUUUGGCAAAUAAACAACUAAUUCCCUGUUCUUUAGAGUUGAACUGAAUUUAAACUUAAUUAACUUAACAGAAUAUUACUGAAAUGAAUAAAUAAUAAUAAUUAAUAAAUAAUACUGAGUAAAUAAUAAAUAAUAAAUAAUAAAUAAUAAAUAGGUGACAACUACUCGUAACACUUAACAACCAAUUGUCAAACAAAGCCUGUAACGAAAAGAUUGGGAUCACUCUGUGAAAUAUUUUUUCCUUACCCACAAGAAAGUUUUAUAGUGUGUAUUUUUCAGUAACAAGGAAAGAAAAACCAAGUUAACCCUUUAAAAGGAGGUAACCUAAAGUAUCCUCAAUCCUCACAGAUGAUAAAGGUAGUUAUAUAAUAUAUGAAUAAUUGAGUUAUUGUUAAUAUUAAAAUAAGUUUGCAGUCCAUGGGAAAGAGUGCAUGUAAGUGCAGCUCCAUAACACCAACUAAUCCAAUAUUUUAAGGGUAUUUGACUUAAUUGCCAGGAAGAUUUAAGCUUGAGCUACAUCAUCUACUUUCUUUUGUGGUCAUUUUUGUGGAUGAACAAGACAAGUUCCCAUAAUAAUAUUAGUAUUAAUUGUUGAGUAAAGUAGCAACACUUGUUACAUUUUUGUCUCUAAAAUACUAAUCCGUCUACAUACCAUUUUUCCAGCUUGAAGAUUAAUUAAAUUAGUAUUUAGUUAUGGUUAAAGACUCUUCAAGGAAGCUUGAACCUUGCCUCCUUACUGUCUGCCUUUCCAAGGACACUUGAAUUUAAUGGUCAUCAAUAAGUAACAAUGUUAUUAACUAAACGAGUAGUUCUUUAGUAGGUCAUCCACUCAUGUUUUUCUCGAGGAGACAUUUAAAAACGACCCUACGUAUUAUCUGUUGAUUAUAAAGACGUAUAAUUUUGAGCAAAAAUAACACAAGUUAUCUUAUAAAGACGUAUAGUUUUGUGCAAGUAAUUACCCAUACUUCGGAAGGCAAUAUAAAUUACAAAUAGGGGCGCGAGAUUCGAACCUAAGACCUAUCGUACACAAGUCAUGUAUCUUAACCACUAGGCCAAGACCUCAUUGGUAAUGUUGUAAUUAUUGAAAAACGAAAGAAGUACCAAGUAUAAUUAAAUAUAGUGGACAAUUCUUCUUUUGACUAUAUAUCGUUAAUUACAUGCUGAUGAUAUCAUGCAUUGUUAAUUACAGUCAAAGAAUGCAAUUAUUGUCCUAUGAUCACAUUAAUAGGUAGUUAAGUAUUGUUUUACUAUUAGCUCACAGUCACUUCACUGGGUUAGUGAUAAUGAUGAUUAAUUAAUAUGUUUAAUCAUGAUUCUCUCUGUCUCUCUCUCUCUCUAGUUUGGAUGGAAGGUUCAUAUGUGGUUCGUGUGCAAAAUCACCUGGUCAUUACUCAUUACAACGUAUUUAGUCAACGAAGUCCAAUUGCCAAAUUGCUCAACUUGAGUAACUUAUUAAACGUGCUGCUCAUGUAACAUGUUAGGAACAACGACAAAUGAGCUACUAAAAGCUGUACUAAUUGUAGUCCCCUAAAGUACUGAUUAAGUUGUCCUGUAAAGUGUAAAGCCCAUCUAAAGUUGCAUUAAUACUCCCUUAAUAGUGUAAUAGGACAAGGUUACACUUAAUUCUACUCUUAUACUUUAUCUUCGUACUUUAUCAGUUUUAAUCAGUAAAAGUCGGUAAUACAUACUGCAUAAGACAAAAACACUGAAUCAACAAUAGUCGAUUUUGUCAUGUAAAAAUACCCCGUAAACAAAUUCAGUUUGGUAAUAACAUAAUAAUCCAUUAAGUAAAGUUCCAUAGAUCUAUAAUGAUCUAUUGUAAGGAUUAUGUAUUUUAUUUGAAUCUGCGAUGUGCUGAUUUAUUCAUGAUAUUCGUCUUCCCGUAAAAAAAAAAAAAGUUCCAUAGAAAUAGUUUGGUUACACCCUUUUCUUAGGGCAAGUUGCCCAUUUUUUCACAUAAUCACAUCCUGUGUGUAUGGGGAUGUGCCCCCCACAACUCAGACUUGCUAAUAACUCUAAAUUGCUUGUUAUCAGCCUGAAACAAUUUAAUUGAAACAAUGUAACGUUGUUACUUUCAAAAUAACUGCAUUUUCGUCUAGUUUUAUUUGUCACGUUACUAGUUUAAAUUAUACUUCACCGUUCAAGUAUUUUCAAACAAGGAAGUACUUGAAGUUGCCAAUUUCGAGUCCAACCCAAUCAACUCAGUCGAAAAUUAAUCUGUUUCUAAAACUUCAUUUAUUGCCAAUAAUUAAUCUGCUCUACUGAAAGAGUCAAAUCCUGAUUGAUUACACCAGCUUGCUUAUAAGUUACAACUAACAAAUGGUCAAAAACUGAGCUGUGUUGUUGAAAUUAUAACAUUGUUUUAUAAUUUAUAUCAGCCAGAAACAAUUGGAACUGAAACCAUUUUGUCUGGAUUUAUUUGUCACGUUACUAAUUUAACAUUGUUGUAUGUUCAGGGGUGCAAAUUAACAUUGCGCGCUAAGAACAUAUAAUACUAACACCGUCCAGAUUCACAUGAACUCUUCAACUCAACGUAAAUUACAAGGCUAGCUGCAUAAAUCUCCAGAAAAACCCAUUCCUCAAAAAUAGGAGAGAGCCAUUAACUUAAUUAUGAUGAUUAGGUGCUUGAUUAAUUUCUUUUUGUAAACUAUAUAGUAUAAUAUUCCUACUAGCAUGCUCAUUAAAUUAAAUAAAUAAUAAUGGAUCAAGUGUUACGCGUAAAUCCCUACUUAUAGAGAUCCUGAACAAAACAACUCAUUCCCACACCUCCAAAAACCACUCAUAAACCUUCUCUUCCCUCUCUGUUUCUGAUCUUCCACAGCUAAUCAAAUCAAAAUGGCUCUUAAAAAAUCUAAGCAAGAUCACAAAGGAGCUUCUAAGAAGAAAGUAGCCGCAAUUUUCGGUGUCACGGGGCUAGUAGGAAGAGAGCUAGCCACAAGGCUAAGCUCUAAAUACUCAUGGAAGGUGUAUGGGAUAGCGCGAAAAGAAGAGCAACUAAAUUCCUACAGAAAUACCAGUAAUAAUUACCACUUCAUUUCCUGUGAUCUUCUGUGUCCAUUUGAUACAGAAAAGAAACUGUCUUGUUUAGAAGAUGUGACACAUAUUUUCUGGGUCACAUGGGCUAAUCAGUUCCAACUUGAUAGCCCAGAAUGCUGUGAACAGAACAAAGAAAUGCUGUCAAAUGCAUUGGAUGCAAUGCUACCAAAAGCCAAGUCUUUGAAACAUGUUUCUCUUCAAACAGGUAUGAAGCAUUAUGUUUCAUUAAGAGGUCCAAUUAGUAAUAACUUGAGAGAUGUUGAUAUCGCGGUAUAUGAUGAAGAUUGUCCUAGAGCUUCUGUAGGGAAUAACUUCUACUAUGUUCUUGAAGAUUUGAUUCAAGAGAGGCUUUCUGGUAAUAAUAAGGUAGCGUGGUCGGUUCAAAGGCCUGGUUUGAUUACAGGGUGUUCAAACAGGACUUUAUACAAUUUUAUGGGUUGUCUUUCUAUUUAUGGAAGUAUUUGUAAGCAUUUGAAUCUUCCAUUUGUGUUUGGAGGGUCUAAGGAGUGUUGGGAAGAGGCUGUGAUUGAUGUUUCGGAUGCUCGGUUAGUAGCUGAGCAACAUAUUUGGGCUUCAACUGAUGAGCAACUAUCCUCAAAUGGUGGACAACCCUUUAAUGCUAUUAAUGGGGUUUGUUUCACAUGGAAAGAAAUAUGGCCGGCGAUAGGGAAGAAGUUUGGUUUAGAAGUUCCUGAAAACAUGUUUUCUGAUGAGUUUAUGUAUUCCAAGGCUAUGGCAGAUAAGGGUGGAGUUUGGAGAGAGAUUGUGGAGAAGAAAGGUUUGGUGGAGACAGAGAUGGAAGAGUUGGCUAACUGGCCGUUUUUGGACAUCUUGUUUCGAUGUCCCAUGAAGUUGUUAGGAACACGAGCAAAAGCUGAUCGUCUGGGUUUCAGAAAGAGGUAUUCAGCAUCAGAAUCAAUCUUGUUUUGGAUUGAUAACAUGAGAGAUGAAAAACUGAUACCUUAAGUUAAAAGGCAGAGAUAGAAAUCUAGCUUAUUUGAACUUCUCUUUUUGACUAGAAACAGUAGUAGUGUGUAAUUACUAAUUAGUAUCCUGCAAAUUCCAUAUCCUGCAAAUUCCACAUCCUGCAAA